GCGAUCGCCUCCCAAUCUUCCCUGGGGCUACACGCUUUUCCAUGAUGUUCAGCAUCCCCCUCUGGUCAUUUGGUUUGAGCCGUAUCUGGGACUUGAUAUACUAUAAUGUUCACUCAGCGGCGUGUCGGACUUACAUAAUCCUAUAACUCGACUUAAAAAUCGUUCAUGGCAUCGUCCAGGUCUCUUUGGUGUACCUGCAGGCAUGGGAACUAACGGGCUCUACGUGAUCCGCUAUCGGAACAUGUAUUUCGAAUCACACCACUAUUCUGAUGGUUAUCCAGAAGGCCUUGGCUUACAGGUCCUUCAGUUGAUACGACAGCCCAAUGGCAUCGCGAUCUAUCGGCAGGAGUUUGGAGAGAUGCUGGACGGGUUGAAGAGCCCUUCGGAUUGUCUAUUAUGGAUAGAAAAUGGCGACGAAUUCGAGUCCCCCUCCCCGAAGCGGCCGUCAAGCGAUUGGCUCUGGUAUUACGAGAUCGAUCUUGAUCGCAAUAUCUUCCACAUAGAGGGGUUUCCGUUUUUUACCUUGGAAUGCCUUCCAGACGAUGAAGUUUUUAUCCAAUCCGUUACCGGAUGCCUUCCAGACGAUGAGACUUAUACUACCGAAUCCGUUUCCGCAGAUCAUUACGGUCACACAGCUUGCGCAUUACAGUGCCCCCCCGAGCACAAGUACAAGAAGCCAGCACCACCGACCGUCGACAAUUCUGAGCUCGCGACGUACCAGUCUUUGAGGUGCACUGGGUCUCAGGUGGCUUUGAGCGACCUGCUCGCCAUCAGUGACAUCCUGUGUCAAAACGAGCAUGCUCGGGUCUCAUUGCUAGAGAUCAUGGUCGGGCAGUGCAUGCGUAACUCAGACGUUGGAAGAGAACUAUACGAGAUUGAGCUUGUCAAUGACCACAAGCAACUCACGGACAUUCAAUGGUCGAUUGCAUUCUUCAUGGCCAGCAUUACGUUCGUUCCCCAGAUGUUUGGCGAUAUGAUGUGCGUUUACCACCGCGAGCCGAAAAGAAAGGAGUUCACAUGGGUUCGCGAAGACACUGUUGUUUGCAUCGCAACAUAUUUGAACGACGAGAGUUGCCUACAGGCCUCUGUGUCACGCCUGAUCAACGCGAUUUCGCAGCAGAAGGAUAAUCCUGGUUUUUACUUUGGAAUCGCGUUUUCCGUCUUCCAUUGUGUAGUCGUCAAAGUCGUCAAAGACGCACACACGAUGACAUUCAGCCAUACGGACGCCCUCCAAUUUUUACCAUCAUUCUACACGGAAACACCUUCUACGCCGGGCAUCACUGCUCUCGCCCGUCUUGGCCAUCGCAUUGAACCCGCACUCUUCAAGCGUAUCCUAGAAGUUAGCAAGCACUUGUGGCGCUUGAGCAUUCUAAAGACAUUGCCCGCUCCGGGAGCUGAUGGUAGCCAUGAUGUGCCACCCAACAUCAUCUAUCCACCGCUUCCUCUUGAGCUUUGGCUAGAGAUCGCCCGUUAUCUCCCCCGCUUUGAUCUCAUCACCUUCGGAUUGAUCUCAAAACUAUGCCGAGAAGCAGCGUUGGUGCUACUCCGUUACCCCCAUGUCUUUGGCUAUCGCCUGGUCGCUGUUCCAAAGAUACCCCAGUAUUUGCGGGAGCGCCACCGCUCUUUGCAUACUGCACGUUUUUCCGCUGUACGAGCCGACAUUUUGUAUGAUGUGGAUAUUGGAAUGGAGUGGAAAAAUAUACCAUCAAAGAGGAUCAUCACUCCCCUCGAAGUUGGUGAUCCGAGUCACUGGCUUAUUGUGCACUUUUCAUUAAUCUGCGGAUGAAAAGCCAUUCGAAUAGAAAGUUCUCUUGUUAGUUGUCACCUACGAUUAAUUGUUACACAACGAUAACGCGAGUGUAUGUAGAUGAUUGGCCAUAGACAUAGCCUAUGAUUAUGAUGUCUGGACAAAACAACAAGAACAGGAACGAGAAUGCAAGCGC